GCACAAAUUGACCAUGACUACUAGCUCAUCAUCCAAAGCACCUGCGAACGACGAGCCAUGGAAGCACACCGGAUACCGCGACUUCACGAACUUUGUAGUGUCAGAUAACGACUUCUUCGUUUUGCGGCGGUUCAGCAACCUUACAGCACGCGUCCUGUUGGCGCUUCAAGACGAGCUAUCGCAGCAGGAAAAUCAGCUACACACGCUUGAGGAUCGGAUUUGUGAUUCGCUUGCUCCGGAAGUCCAUAAUGGUUCGUUUAGGUACGACACGUCGGAAGAGAGAUCGGAGUUGAUCAGGGAGAUUGGACGGAAACUGCGAGCAUAUAAUGAACUAAUUCUUCAACAUUCUGACCUUCGCUCUCGCCCCAGGGUCCCCAGGCGAGAUGUAAAAAGAGUCUCCAACUGGUUCCGUAACCACGAAGGCGCGAUCCAAACCGAAGAAAUGCAGUACAUAACCCACGAAUCCGACCUCUUCGCCGUAGCACUAAAAGCAAAGGCGCCACUACGGCGACUUCUUGAACGAUCGUCGCGUUUCCGGCAAUCAAGCUUGUGGAAGAAGGCGUCGAAAAUACAAAAUGAAAGUGUCGCGUACACUUCCGAUUACAGGAUUGAUUUCUUCGUCAGCUUGAUAAACACAUUGCUGGGUAUGACGAUGCUGAUUGCGCCGCUCUGGAUUCUCGCAUUCGUGGAGGAUAUUGUGAAGAGACUGGCGGUUAUUACGAGCUUUUUGGUGUGCUUCCUUUGUUUGGUUACGUUUACGACGGCGGCGAGGCCAUUCGAGAGCCUUGGGGCUACUGCUGCGUAAG